AUGGAGCCCCCAACGGACUCCCCGCCGUCGCCCUCCCCUCCGCCCCAGCGCCCCUCCUCCGCCGCCCCUGUCCCGCCGCUCCGCGAGGACUGCUGGACCGAGGACUCCACCUUCGCCCUCAUCCACGCCUGGGGCGACCGCUACCUUGCCCUCGACCGCGGCAACUUCUCCCAGCAGGACUGGCAGGACGUCGCCGACUCCGUCAACUCCCGCCCCGCUUUCGUCCCCCCGCCGCCCCCGCCGCGGCGGCGCCGCCGACGGCGACCCCCCCUCCUCCCCCUCCGGCGGCUCCUCCGGCAAGGCCCGCCGCACGGGCAUCCAGGUUUCGGAUCCCCGCGACGGCCCCGGCGGCGGCUACCUCAGCCCCUGGCCUUUCUUCGCCGACCUCGACGGCCUGAUCGGAUCCAACUUCCCGCCGACGAAGCCCUCCCCGUCGCCGACCCCCCCGCCGGCGGCCCCGGCCCCGGCCCCGGUCCGAUCGAGGGCGAAGCGAGCGCCCGCCCCUCAGCCGGCGCGGAGCGCGCUGCCGGCGGUGACCGUGCCGGUGCGCCCCCGGAGCCACAACCGGACGAAGCGCGCGCCGGCGAGGCCCCCGCCGGCGGAUCGCUUCUCCGGCCGGCCUUCUCGGCGGCGGCGGCGGCCGAAGAGGAGGAGUCGGAGUCGGAGCCGGAGCGGUCCAGCUCGAGGAGGACGAAGUCGAGGUCCGGCAAGGGGGGCGCGGCGAGGAGGGAGAGGGGGUACGCGGAGCUGGCCGUGGCCAUAGAGAGGCUGGGGCAGAUAUACGAGAGGGUGGAGAGGAAGAAGGCGAGGGAGAUGAUCGAGCUGGAGAAGCAGCGGAUGCAGUUCGCCAAGGACCUGGAGCAGCAGCGGAUGCGGUGGUUCUUGGAGACGCAGAUUCACCUCCAGAAGAUCAAGAAACUGAAGCAGACCCCGAUCGACGAGAGCUACUUGUAGAUGGUCAUGUCUGGGAGAGCCUGCAAGUCCCAGCUCCAAACUUGGUAUCGGCUUUCCUGCCUGCGAAAAUGUUCCGGUCCUCUCUCUAAGCGAGAGUUAUCAGGAGGUACUAUUCGACGAAGCUCAGCUCAGGAAGAAGUUUGGUUGCUUUUUGUAUUUUAUUGGUUAGGUGAGAGUUAGUUUAAUGUUUCUUUGUGGGCAAGAAGUACUAGAAUUUACAGAUAUAGGUUGGAUCGACCAUGUUAAUAUCAUAUCCCAGAUGUAAAAUUUCUCUCUUUUUUUUUUUUUAUCCUCGAGAAGCUUUCACAGGACUUCCUAUGCUGGAGGUAAUCUAGGCCCGAUUGUUCAGUGCUUUAACUUCUUGAACUAUUGGUGUGUUCGAAGUAAUUGAGAAUGAGCCCUUGGUAUA